AUGGCCGACCAGGAGGACAUUGCGCAUCUCUUCCCGGAAAUCCACAUUGAGGACACCGACCUCGGCUACAUUGAAAGCCUCGACAGUCUGGACGAACUGGCAAACUUCAACACUCUAGAUACAAUCACCGGAUUGGACCCCCUCGACGGCUUUAACUUCAACGCCGAAUACACCUCUAAUACCGACACAAACUUCGACACCAAUACUGGUAUCGAUACAAACUUCAACACCAACACCAACACUGGUACCAACACCAACACCAACAUCAACAUCAACACCAACAAUAUCCACCAGCAACUACUUCUACAUGACGACCAUGACAUACUUCGACAACUGGCACAGCAGGACAAUCUGCACACCCUCGGACAUUCCAUACCUCCACCUAGACUCAUACUAGAAACGUCACCGUCUCACUCUCCUUCCCUACCUCCAAACUCUCCUGCACUAUCAGACGCUAGCUCUCUUAACGGUAUCCACUCCCUCCACUCUCCUCGAGAUUCUCCAUCAUUUCCACAUUCACAACCACUAUCACCUUCUCCACCUCCAUCCCCCUACCAGGGUUCAUCUCAUUCCCCAUCCCCUUACCAAUCACUAUCACCGUCCCCUUCGUCCUUGCUACCGCCAGAUUUCCACUCCAUGCGUCGUGGCAGACAACUCUCCCAUUCCAGUCGAAGUCGUAGUGCAUCAACUUCCUCCCAACGAAGUCUCGACUCAACUCACUCAGACUCCUCAAACUAUUCAAACUACUCAAACUACUCAAACUACUCAGACGUCUCUCCUCCAAUAGGCCCCUCGGGGACAUACGACUGCCCCCACUGCCCAAAAUCAUUCUCCCGCCCUUACAACUUGAAGUCCCACCUCAAGUCGCAUACAAACGACCGCCCCUACGAAUGCCCUCACUGCCAUAAGCGUUUUGCUCGACAGCACGACCGUAAAAGACACAUUGAUCUACAUUCCGGUUUAAAGAAGUUCCAAUGCUGGGGCGAGAUCCCAAACUCAACUCUCACCUGGGGGUGUAAAAAAAGGUUUGCUAGAACAGACGCCUUGAGGCGCCACUUCCAUACCGAUAAUGGUAAACGUUGUAUUAAACCAUUAUGUGACGCACUAGAUUCAAAACUAGAUUCCGUUGAAGAAUUGGAACAUUCUAUAAAGUUAGCAAUGGAUUCCGCCCUUGCUAUAGUAAGGAAAAAUGAAAGUUCCUGA